UCAAUGUGUUUACUCAAUAGCAUGUACACACUCGUACACAUGCUUUGUAUUCCUUUUUAAUGGUGCUAUUUUUGUUUACCCCUCUUAUCUAUGCAGUCCACAUGCUUUUCCCCUCUCCUUGGAAGAGUCCACAUGGAAGGCAGUAUCUGAAAGGGGAGCCAUAAGGACUGUCACUAAUGAGAAGUGCUGCGUGGUGAGCCAAAGAGCAGACACACCAGCUGCAUGGAAGCAGGAAACCACACAGAAGUGUCAGACUUUCUGCUCCUGGGUCUCUCAGAGGAUCCUCAACUACAGCCCCUCCUCUUUGGAGUGUUCCUGUCCAUGUACCUGGUCACCAUACUUGGGAACCUUAUCAUCAUCUUGGCCAUCAGCUCUGACUCCCACCUCCAUACCCCCAUGUACUUCUUCCUGUCCAACCUGUCUUUUGUUGACAUCUGUUUCACUUCCACCAUUAUCCCAAAGGUGCUGGUGAACAUCCAGAAACAGAGCAAAGCCAUCUCCUACACAGGAUGCCUCAUUCAGGUGUAUUUUUUUAUGAUUUUUGCUGGACUGGAUGGUUUNAUGGACAACUUCCUCCUGACUGUGAUGGCCUAUGACCGGUAUGUGGCCAUCUGCCACCCCCUGCACUACAUGGUCAUCAUGAACCCCCAGCUCUGUGGCUUCCUGGUUCUGUUGUGUUGGUUUGUCAUUUUCUGGGUCGUCCUGGUUCAUACGCUACUGAUGAGGCGGCUGACCUUUUGUGUGGGUACUGAAAUUCCACAUUUCUUUUGUGAGCUGGCUCAGAUUCUUAAGGCGGCCUGCUCUGACACCCUCAUCAAUGACAUCUUCUUAUAUGUGACUACUGCCCUACUGGGUGUGUUUCCUUUCACUGGAAUUCUUUUUUCUUAUUGUAAUAUUGUCUCUUCUUUAAUGAGAAUGUCCUCUGCAGGGGGAAAAUAUAAAGCAUUUUCCAACUGUGGGUCUCACCUCUCUGUAGUCUCCUUGUUCUAUGGGACAAGCCUGGGGGUCUACCUCAGUUCUGCUGUGACCCCUUCAUCCAUACAAAACUCAGUUGCCUCAGUUAUGUACACUGUGGUCACCCCCAUGCUGAACCCCUUCAUCUACAGCCUGAGGAACAAGGAUGUGAAGGGGGCGUUGGGAAGGCUCCUUGGCCAAGGAGCCCCUUGUCUGUGGUGGGUCACUCGCCUCAGAACUAAGUGGACACUGAAUUCCCAAAGACCAGUGUUGGGGAUUUAAACCUGGUUCUUUUUCUUUUCUGAAACAUACUUUAUUUCUUCUAUUCUAAC